AUGGCGAGACUUUCAGACCUGCCUUCAGAGCUCGUCCGCAUCGUCGCCAAGAGCGAGGGCGAGAGCGACGCCGAACAUGAUACUGCGACUCCAGAAAGCCGUGUUCUAGGAUCCAGCGACCUGGCGUCCUUUGCGCGCAUCAGCCGACGAUUCUACGAUAUCAUCAACCCUGUGCUCUACGCCUUCAAUCGAGACUUCAAGCAGUCGUCUGCUGUAUCAUAUGCUGCAAAAAGAGACCAGAUCAGUACUCUCGAUCUUGCAUCACAAUUCAACUUAGAUCUAGACUCCGCCACUGAGCAUUUAGAGCAGUACUUGGAACACUGGGGCCCGAAGUCCCCGUUGUACCUGGCCUGCGAGGCCGGCCACGAUGAUACCGUGAAUUGGUUCCUGGUCCACGGCUCACGGAUAGAUACACCAUGUCUCGUUAUAUUUCCACGGCCGGCUUACUGCUAUUCUGCUCCUCUCGCGCGGGGCUGGGUGGAUAUCUCAAGAACCCGCGAUAACCAUGACCUCUGGUUCGAACACACCACGGCUCUUCAUGAAGCUGCCGCACGAGGGUUAGCACGGGUUGUUGAGUACAUCGUGAGGAACCUGGUUCUGUCUGUGGAUGCUACCAAUGGUCAAGAUGAGACUCCCCUGCAUGUGGCAGUCAAGGAGGAUAGCAAUUAUCGGGUAAUCCGGACACUGAUCGAGCUUGGCGCCGAUAUCAACGCGGAGGUUGAUGGAACUCUUCCAAUUAAUACUGCGCUCGAACAUGGCCAGUAUCGCUAUGCCAACCAAUUGCAUGAUGCUGGCGCCAUAGUCACGCCUACCCACCCGCAGCAAUCUAACCAUCCUAUUCACGCUUGCGUAAUAGCUCGUCAUCGUACGAUCGGUUAUACUCGUGGCGGUGGAAUAUCUCAACAGAAUGACCUGUUGCAAAGAAUCUUGGCGGCGGGCGCCAAUGUCGACGAGCGUCGCGACGAUGGGCUCACACCCCUUUCAUAUGCCGCCUAUGAUGGCACUGUCGAUAUGGUGUUGAGGCUUAUAGCCGCUGGGGCCGACGUUCACUUACGAUCCUCUGGAAUAACCCCACUCUGCUCUCUUAUGUCCACUGCCGAAGACACUGACGAACGGAUCGCGAAGAUGGUUAUCCUGGUGCAAGCUGGAGCUCGCAUGGAUGAAGCUAUACACGGCGCGGGCGCGGGGGACGAUUCUCUCCUUGAAUGGGCGGCGGACCUGUGCGACGAGACACACGACGAUGAUCCUCUCGAAAGACUCCUGCUAUUAGCAGAAAGUGUUCCGUUGCGUGAUGGGUAUAUUGAUUACCUUCUCGAUCGCUCCUUCGAUCUUCGACAGCCCCGAGCUUGCCGUGUUUUGCUCACGCAUGGUGCCACACUGCGAGAUGCUGGCAAGGCCUCUGUCUGGGCUUACCAGAGCAUUGUGCCCACCCGCAAGCCUUCUAGUAUCUGCCAUGACCGAGAUCCUAGCUUCGACUUUCUACUUGACUUUGGCUUCUCGCUUACCCAACUGUCUAGUCUGCUCACAUAUGCUUUAGAGUCGAAAGACUAUAUCCGAACUCGAACGUUGCUGCAGGGAGCUGCUCUUCAGGACUCACCCAUGCACUUGGAGUGGCUCUACUCGGCUGUCCAAUGGGGAGAGAUCAGCACCGUCGAGAGACUACUGGGGGGAGAUAUCGACGUCAACUCGAGGCCCGGCGACCAUUGUAUGUCUUUGUUGAGUUUCACGACAAUGUUUCGCCACACCAGCGUAAUCCGUCUGUUGGUGGACCAUGGCGCCGACCCUUUUCCUUAUUAUGGUCGAUCCAUUGGACCUGAAUGUAUCGAGGAAGGCGGAUUGCUUGAAUCGGCAUCCCCGUCUAAGAUAGCAGUGCAUCGAGGCAAGCAUCUCGAUCUCAUCAAGGCUAUGUGGGAGCAGAAGCGGGUGCACCUACGGCCUGAUGCGAAGGCGUACAUCCCUUGUGUCCGCCCCCAGUACCCGCAGGUUGUCCAGUGGUUGGAACUCCAGGCAUCCGAGCAACAAAAAGCCAAACAUCUGGCACCCGACAUGAGUGCCCUGGGAUAA